AUGACGCUGCGAGCCGGAACGAACGGCUUGGUUCCCAACGGCCACAGCCACAGCAGCAAUCCCGCCAGCAUCAAUGGCGAGCCGUCAAGAUUCAAGACCCAGGAUCACUCCCGUAACCACAGCCCUGAUGACCACGGUCAGCGCCCUUCUAGCGCGCCCGGCCAGAAGAAUGGUCUUUCCUCCAGCGCCGAGACCAGAGACGACGUCGGCCGGCAGCACCCACAGCGCUUUACGAAACCCUUGCUCGUGCGCUCCAAGAGUGACUUCGCCAGGCCGCAAGAGCAAGACGACUCGGAACCUGGCGAGGAGGAGAUUCCCGAAUGGGGAGCGAGGCAUGGCUUCGAGGAUCAUUAUCAAUCAGAACACAUCAUUACACAGCUCGCAACUAAUUGGUGCAUGUAUUUUACCGACAAGCGACACGAAACGACGGGCAAACCCAAAGCUCUUCAAUCUGAGCUCCACGACUGGCGUCAAAGAGAUCGUCUAAAAACCGUGUCGGCCGCUCUCGCCGUCUGUCUCAACAUUGGCGUUGAGCCCCCCGACCAGCUCAAAACGAACCCAGGCGCAAAGCUCGAGGCAUGGACCGACCCGACUGUGCCGCCGGCUCAAAAGGCAUUGGAGAACAUCGGCAAGGGCCUCCAGUCCCAAUACGAAACCCUAGCCAUCAGAGCUCGCUACAAGCAGUAUCUAGACCCGUCCGUUGAAGAGACUAAGAAGUUCUGCGUCUCGCUGCGUCGAAAUGCCAAAGAUGAGCGUGUUCUUCUUCACUACAACGGCCACGGCGUGCCCAAGCCCACAGCAUCUGGCGAAAUUUGGGUCUUCAACAAGACGUAUACCCAAUAUAUUCCAGUAUCAUUAUAUGAUCUUCAGCACUGGCUGCAGGCUCCUACCAUCUAUGUGUGGGACUGCUCCGAGGCGGGCAACAUUCUCAAUAAUUACCAUCGCUUCGUAGAGAAGCACGAGGAUGAGGAAAAGGAGACUGCCCAGCGCGAUCCUCAUUACGAAAAAACCGCUUUCCGUCCCUAUAUUCAUCUGGCUGCCUGCGCCGCCAAAGAGAAUCUUCCGACGAACCCGCUACUCCCCGCUGACUUGUUUACUGCCUGUCUUACUACUCCCAUCGAAAUGGCUCUCUGGUUUUUUGUCCUGCAGAAUCCUCUCCCGACAACGUUGACCCCCGAGCGUGCCAAGAAGCUCCCUGGCCGUCUUCAGGAGCGCCGAACCCCUCUUGGUGAGCUCAACUGGAUAUUUACAGCCAUUACGGAUAGCAUCGCCUGGACUACGCUUCCCCGUGAUCUCUUUCGAAAGUUUUUCCGCCAAGAUCUUAUGGUUGCGGCCCUCUUCCGCAACUUUCUACUUGCUCAACGAGUUAUGAUGGUCUAUGGCUGCCACCCUCAAUCGUAUCCACAGCUUCCUGACACGCACCAGCACCCUCUUUGGGAGACUUGGGAUCUGGCCGUGGACAUGGCGCUCGCGCAACUUCCCAUGCUUGAGAAGAAGGAAGCUGACGGCACCGAAUACGAGUACCAAAAUUCGACCUUCUUCACUGAACAAUUAACCGCGUUUGAAGUCUACUUGACGCGUGGAGAUGCGCUUGCUCAAAGGCCGCCGGAUCAGCUACCCGUGGUGCUGCAGGUUCUCUUAAGCCAGCAACAUAGAGUUCGUGCUCUGAUCCUCCUUGGCAGAUUUCUCGACUUGGGUCCGUGGUCGGUGCAGCUGGCUCUCAGUAUCGGCAUCUUUCCAUACGUGUUGAAGCUUCUCCAGUCAGCCGCGACCGAAUUGAAGCCCGUCAUGGUGUUUAUUUGGGCUCGACUCAUCGCCGUCGACAUCAGCUGCCAACAAGAUCUGGCCAAAGACAAUGGCUACGCCUACUUUGCCCAGAUUCUAAAGCCCACGGAGGCGCUGCCGGUUGUUGACAGCGAUGAGCACAAGGCCAUGUGUGCCUUUAUCCUGGCUAUGCUGUGCAAGGAUUACCAGAAUGGUCAGAUGAUUUGCAAUCAAACCGACAUCAUGACUUACUGCUUGACACAUAUUCAAAACAAAGAUAAUCAUCUCUUGAGGCAGUGGGCAUGCCUGUGCAUCAGUCAGCUAUGGCAAGAUCUCCCAGAAGCCAAGUGGCGCGGCAUCAGAGAGAAUGCUUACGUGACAUUGGCAUGCCUCACCAAAGACGCUUGCUGUGAGGUGCGUGCAGCCGUCAUUCAUGCCAUGACUACCUUCCUCGGCAUCCCAGACUUGACCGAAGAGGUGGCGAAAAUUGAAGAGUCGAUUGCUUGGACGAUUCUUGACAUGGGAACCGAUGGCAGCCCCAUGGUGCGCAAGGAGUUUUUAGUUUUCUUGUCGCACUUUAUAGUCCGCUUUGAAAGUAAGUUUUUAGUGACUGCGUUUGAACAACUGCAAGAGGAAAAGGAUUAUCUACUUUUCCCUCCUCAAGAUGACGGGCACGACCACAAGAUGGGAUUGCACUAUGCACGCCCCGAAAACCGCAAUAAGGAUGGGACAAUCAAGCCCGCGGCGCAUGGUCUCUCACAUAACAGUGUCUACAUGGCUUGCUGGAAGCAUGCCCUGAUCUUGAGCGUUGACCCUCACCCAGACGUCCAACGCUCAGCUACUGUCAUCGUUGACUAUAUGCACAAAGCCCUCAUCAACUCGCCUGUCGGCGAACAGGCUCAUGCGUUGAUGCGAGAUAUCCAGAGAAGGGCAAAUCGCGCUACUUUCAAGAGUGCUGCCACGGCCCAUCAGCGGAGAAGCCUCAUGAGUGGAAAUGGCGCCCCUGUCACAGCGCCCCUGCCGUCGCCAGGCCUCCUUCGACGUACGGCAAGCCUCCUCUUUCAAUCGUUUGUCGGUGCAGAGGACAAGUCUCGGCCAUCUACACCGUCUGGCUCUGUGACUUCAAUGGCUCCACCCAGAUCCCCUGGUGCUUCCCUUCCUCCAGAUCAAGCUUCUGCGCCGCCUGAGCAAAAUGACACUUUUGGGGCCCCCGCCACCUAUAACACCGCGCGUGAGCCCAUCUCUGGUGAAUUUGAGGAGCGGGAUUUGACGGAAAGCCCCACUCUACCUCUGGUUAGCAAGUUCUUGGACUGGUCAACGGAGUACUUCCGAGAACCCCAGAUGAAAAACAGUGAGGCAGAUGAGCCCGGCAGCACAGACUACAAUGAGAGGCUCUGGAGAAGACAACGAAACGAGACAACCCUGCGUGAGACGCAACCGCUUAAGCAAUUUGCGGGAAGCCAUCGCUGGAAUAACCAACUGGGCAUUAUUAACAAUACCGUGCAACCCGCAAAGAUGACCUUCCACCAAUAUGAGGAUCACCUAGCCGUGUCUGACGAAGGCAACACUGUCAUGGUAUGGGAUUGGAAGCGACAGGGUCGUCUGAGCAAGUUUUCCAACGGCAACCCUGAAGGAUCGAGGAUCAGCGAUAUGAGGUUUAUCAAUGAAGACGACCAGGCAAUGCUUCUAACGGGUUCAUCGGAUGGCGUCAUUAGAAUAUAUCGCAACUACGAUUCCGACUCAGAAAUUGAACUGGCCACAUCAUGGCGCGCGCUGACGCACAUGGUGCCGAGCAAUGUCAACUCGGGCAUGGUGUUUGACUGGCAGCAAGUAAAGGGGCGAGUCCUCGUUGCCGGCGAUGUACGUGUUAUUCGCGUGUGGUAUGCCGCCAGCGAGACAUGUGUCAUGGAUAUUCCUGCUCGAUCCGGAUCAUGCGUUACCUCGUUGACUUCAGAUCAAAUGACGGGUGAUCUCUUUGUGGCCGGCUUUGGUGACGGAGCAGUUCGCGUCUUUGACACACGCCUGAAGCCCCAGGAAUCCAUGGUUCGCAAGUGGAAGGAUGAGUCGGACCGUCAAUGGAUCAAAGCUGUUCACAUGCAGCGUGGCGGGCAGCGUGAGCUGAUGAGCGCCAGCCGGAAUGGCAAGGUCAAGAUUUGGGAUAUUCGGAUGGACAAGGCUCUGCGGUCGUUCCAGACGACGCGGGAUACGCUGCGCACUGCCAGCACGCACGAGCACCUACCAGUAUUUGCAGUUGGUACCUCUACACAUUCGGUGAAGAUCUUUAACCUUGAAGGAGCCGAGCUCUCGCGGCUAGAGCCGUACUCGAGCUUCUUGCAGCAGAAUCGCGGUGCGCCCAUUUCGGCGACGGCGUUCCACCCACACCGUCCAAUCCUAGGUUGUGCGGCGCGAGGCGAUCAUCACAUCAACCUAUUCACCUGCGAAAAGGGCGAGCCACUGAAUCUGUCCUGA